CUCCAGUCUCGAGCUUGAAGCUUGCUCUCCGUGCCUCAAAAUGGCGUCUGGACGGAAGGAUUUUCUCAGCCAGCAGGCACCUGAGAACUAUGUGGCCGGUCUGGGUCGUGGUGCGACCGGUUUCACCACGCGAUCCGAUUUGGGACCCGCGCGCGAAGGUCCCACGCCCGAACAGAUCCAGGCCGCGCUGACGAAACGAGCUGCGCUUCUCGGAGCUGCUGCACCUACGGCUUACGGCGACAAAUCUCGAGAGAAGGGAGGCAAAGAGGAUAAGGCCGAAGAGGAAGAUGAACGGUUCCAGGAUCCCGAUAACGAGGUCGGUCUGUUUGCGUACGGACAGUUCGACCAAGAAGACGAUGAGGCGGAUCGCAUUUACCAGGAGGUUGAUGAGAAGAUGGAUCGACGACGUAAGAUUCGAAGUUCCCCGUUGUUUGGAUAGAUUACCGACUUGAAUCGUUCGCCACCUACAGGGAAGCUCGAGAGCAACAAGAACGCGAGGAUUACGAACGGAAGAACCCGAAGAUUCAGCAACAAUUUGCCGACCUAAAGAGAUCGCUCGCUGCCGUUUCCGAAGAAGAUUGGGCCAACCUCCCCGAAGUUGGUGAUCUUACGGGCAAGAACCGACGAGCGAAACAGAACCUUCGUCAGCGAUUCUAUGCCGUUCCGGAUAGUGUUAUUGCAGGUGCAAGAGAUUCAGCCCAGUUCGACACUACAAUUGCCGACGAUGGCGCCCCGGCCGAUGGAGGAGAAGGCGUUAGCGAUGGGACGAUGACGAAUUUUGCAGAUAUCGGUGCCGCUCGUGAUAAGGUUCUGAAGGUUCGACUGGAUCAGGCAGCGCUGGGUUCGUCGGCUGAACUCGCCUCCUCGGGAAGCGCAACCAGUAUUGACCCCAAGGGAUAUCUUACCAGUCUGAACCAGUCGGAGAUGAAAGCUGGCGAGGUCGAAGUUGGCGACAUCAAGCGAGUGCGGGUUCUGCUGGAGUCUGUCACAAAGACCAACCCCAAGCAUGCACCUGGAUGGAUUGCCCUCGCGCGUCUGGAGGAGCUUGCAGGCCGAAUUGUGGCGGCUCGGAAUGUUAUUGCUAAAGGUUGCGAGCUGUGCCCGAAGAGCGAGGAUGCAUGGCUGGAGAAUAUCCGACUGAAUGAAGGCCACAAUGCGAAAAUUAUUGCCGCAAAUGCUAUUAAGAACAAUGACCACUCUACGCGACUCUGGAUCGAGGCUAUGAAAUUGGAAACCGACACCCGGGCGAAGAAGAACGUCCUCCGACAGGCUAUCCUGCAUAUUCCCCAAUCGGUGCAGAUCUGGAAAGAAGCAGUCAAUUUGGAAGAUGAUCCCGCAGAUGCCCGUCUUCUUCUCGCCAAGGCUGUUGAAAUGAUUCCCCUUUCCGUGGAGCUUUGGCUGGCACUGGCACGCCUGGAGAGUCCCGAGAAUGCCCAGAAGGUUCUCAACGCAGCGCGCAAGGCCGUUCCCACUAGCCACGAGAUCUGGAUUGCCGCUGCUCGUCUGCAAGAGCAGAUGGGUACUUUCGAAAAGGUCAAUGUCAUGAAGCGUGCCAUUCAGUCUCUCGCCAAGGAGAAUGCCAUGCUGAAGCGAGAGGAGUGGAUUUCGGAAGCUGAGCGCUGCGAGGAAGAAGGCGCCAUUCUUACCUGCGGUGCUAUUAUCCGAGAGACUCUCGGAUGGGGUCUGGAUGAGGACGACGACCGCAAGGAUAUUUGGAUGGACGACGCCAGAUCUAGCAUUGCCCGCGGCAAAUACGAGACUGCUCGCGCUAUCUACGCAUAUGCCCUCCGGGUCUUUGUCAACCGUCGGUCGAUUUGGCUCGCAGCUGCUGACCUCGAGCGCAAUCACGGCGACAAGGAAGCUCUGUGGCAGGUCCUGGAGAAAGCUGUUGAAGCAUGCCCGCAGAGCGAGGAGCUAUGGCUGCAACUUGCCAAGGAGAAAUGGCAGUCUGGCGAAAUUGACGACGCGCGACGUGUUCUCGGCCGUGCCUUUAACCAGAACCCCAACAACGAGGACAUCUGGCUUGCUGCUGUCAAGCUUGAGGCAGAUGCGCAGCAAACGGCCCAGGCCCGCGAGCUUCUGGCAACAGCACGCCGUGAAGCUGGCACAGACCGCGUUUGGAUUAAGAGUGUCGCUUUCGAGCGGCAAUUGGGCAAUGUCGAUGAAGCCCUGGAUCUUGUCAACCAAGGACUGCAGCAGUACCCCAAGGCCGACAAGCUCUGGAUGAUGAAGGGCCAGAUCUACGAAUCGCAGAACAAGUUCCCGCAAGCGCGUGAGGCAUACGGUACCGGCACGAGGGCUUGUCCCAAGUCUGUACCUCUGUGGCUGCUCGCCUCACGACUCGAAGAAAAAGCCGGCGCUGUCGUGCGUGCUCGCUCUGUCCUCGAUCGAGCCCGUCUCGCCGUUCCCAAGAGUCCCGAGCUCUGGACCGAAAGUGUGCGCGUCGAGCGGCGCGCAAACAACAUCGCCCAGGCCAAGGUGCUUAUGGCCCGCGCUCUCCAGGAAGUACCAGCCUCCGGUCUACUAUGGAGCGAGAGCAUCUGGCACCUGGAGCCGCGUGCGUCGCGCAAGGCACGCAGCUUGGAGGCGAUCAAGAAGGUCGAGAACGACCCUAUCUUGUUCAUUACAGUUGCGCGAAUCUUCUGGGGUGAACGGCGGUUGGAAAAGGCCAUGACCUGGUUUGAGAAGGCCAUUGUAGCGGACAGCGACUACGGCGAUGGAUGGGCAUGGUACUACAAGUUCCUACAGCAACACGGUACAGAAGAUAAACGCUCCGACGUGAUUUCUAAGUGUGUCACGACGGAGCCUAAGCACGGCGAGGUAUGGCAGGGUAUCGCGAAAGAUCCGGCCAACGCGUCCAAGUCGACGGAGGAAAUCUUGAAGCUUGUUUCUGAGGCGGUCAGCUAAGCAAAAGCAAGGAAUCCGUCUUUGUCACGAUGUAUUAAUAGUACUCAUGGGGGCGUUUUGGACAUGGAUAUUGGUGUUUGAAUAUAAAACAUUGCUUUCCCUUUGCCCUAUAAAUGAUCAUUCCAUUAUCAGUAUUGUUAUUAGGAUCAUGCUUGUGGCACUACA